AUGCGUUCAUCAACCUCCCUCACCCUGCUGCUCGCCAGCCUCGCGACUGCGCGUGAAGUCCCCUCAAACCUCAAAUCUUUCUACGACGCGCAUAAGAGCAGCGAUUGCCCCAACGCCAUCUCAAUCCCCUACUCUUCCGGCCAAGCCAACGCCGACACCGUCUACUGCAAAGACAAUGCGUCUUCCGCCAUCUACCUCAAAGACACCAGCGGCGGCUACGCAGACGUCGACAUUGACUGCGACGGCGCGGGCAUGGGCACCGGGGACUGCGGCGACGAUCAAUCCGGGCAAUCGCAGACCGCAUUCAAAGAUCUCGUGCAAGAGUACUCCAACAACGCCAUCGACGACCUAAAUACGCACAUCCACACCUUCGUCGUGCUCGGCAACGACAACUCCCCCGACGAAGGCGACGGCGGCGCGCCAUUCGACCCCACGGCCGACGCAGGCAUCGAGCCCCUAAGCGUGGUCGCAGUCGUUUGCGGCGAGAAACUGGUCUACGGCGUCUGGGGCGAUGUGAACGGCGGGAAGGUGACGGGCGAGACGUCCAUUUCGCUGGCGAAGAUGUGCUUCCCGGACGAGGACAUCAGCGGGAAUUCGGGGCACAGCGAGCACGAUGUCUUGUAUCUUGCUUUCCCGGGCGAGGGCGCGGUGCCGAAGGAUAGUGCGGUUUGGGGAGCGGCCUCAGCGGAGGAAUUUGAGGCCAGUCUUGCGGAGGUGGGGGAUCGGCUUGUGCAGGAGAUUGGGGAGGGGGGUGCGCCCAGUUUUACGAGUAGGGUUGUGAGGAGGAGGGUGUGA